UCUCUCUCUCUCUCUCUCUCUCUCUCUCUCUCUCUCUCUCUCUCUCUCUCUGUCUUACUACAACCACAACUGCUAUUACUACGCCUGCCACUACUACUUUUGCUACUACUACUACUCUAUAACAACAACUACUACUACUGCUGCUACUACUACUACCACUGCUACUAUUACUACUACAACAACUACUACUACUGCUACUACUACUAUUACUACUACCACUACUACUACUAACUAAAAUUACAGAAAACUUACAGAAAUUCAGGAGCAACAAAUAAAAGAGAAAAGAAAAAAGUGAAAAGUUUUGAAACAUCAGUUAACUUAGUGUGUACGUGAAAGUGUGUGCGUGUUUGUGUGUACGUACGUGAGAAAAAACACACAUGAGACCUGCAGACGUACACAUAAUGGAGGCGUGUACGUUUUAUUGAAAGCUGAAGUGUACAUAGACUGCUGCCUUGACACACACACACACACACACACACACACACUCAAAGACAGUCAUGUGGAUGGUGUACACAUUAGUAAUUCUCCUCUUCUCGUCCACGGCAGGAGCGAGGAACCUACUGGGCCGCGUGGAGGUGCCUCAGUACGCCUUUGAGGGGGAGAAGGCGACGUUAAAGUGCAUUUUCAACCUGCGGGCCACGCGUCUUUACUCUCUGAAGUGGUAUCAUAACAACACAGAGUUCUACAGAUACGUGCCCACUGAGAGAAAGAAGCAUUUCACCCUGCAACCUUCGUCUGUGUUCACUGUGACGGAGGUGUUUCGGAGCGAGCGAGAGGUGGUGGUGUCCCUGGGGAGGCUGCGAAGAGGCGCCUCAGGUCACUACAGGUGUGAGGUGAUUGCCGAGCACCCCUCCUUCAGAACUGAGGCAGCGGGGGCGUACAUGAUGGUGUUAGCAGAGACCCUGGGGCCGCCCGUGCUGGUGGGGGGACGAGAAAUUUAUGAGCCUACGGAGGUGAUCAAGGUGGGGUGCCAGGCCAGAGUGUCUUCCCAGCCCGCUCCUCGACCCUCCCUGCAGUGGCUCAUUGAGGGAAACAAGGUGGACGACAGGUGGGUGCGCCCCUACGCCACGCCCCACGGACACCACGGCAUCGCUCUGCACGUGCCCGGCCGCCUGGUAGCGGAGGAGGGAGGCAGCAUGCGAGCGGAGUGCCAGGCGACCCUUGGCACCCACCGCCACAGUGCCUACAAGGUGCUCCGAGUUAGGGUCAGGCUUAUUUCCUACCUGGAUGACUACUAUUCCACAGGCACCACUCUUCAUACGCCUGGCAGCCGCGUCACCGCUGUUGUUGCCGCUGCAGUUGUCGUACUCAAGUUUCCUUAUUAGACUCAGAAGAAGAGGAGCAGGGAAAGAAGGAAGAAAAGGAGGUGAAGGAAGAAGAUGAAGAAAUAGAAAAAGAAGAAAAGUGGGAGAGGAGAAUGAGAAGGAGGAGGAGAAGAAGAAGAAAUAGCAAUAACAACAAUAAAAAUAACAUAAAAGAAGAAAUAAGAUAGAACAACAACAACAGCAACAACAACAACAACAACAACAACAAUAAUAGAAGCAGCAGAAGCAACAACACGAAAGAAAAAGAAGAAGAAGAAGAAGAGUAUUAUACAAAGACAUUUUUAUAAACUAGAAAUAGAAUAACAUUAGAGAAAAUAAUUAAUUGUGUGUUAGUUAGACGUUUCCAGAGAGAGAGAGAGAGAGAGAGAGAGAGAGAGAGAGAGAGAGAGAGAGAGAGAGAGAG